AUGGGACCACCAGUAACAGGAGAGCCAAUUCCUUGGCAUGAGCUUCAAAGAGUUGCUCCUAUCGCUCGAAAGGGAGCUGUGGAGCAAUUGAUUUCUCUUUGGAAGAGGCAGAGGGAACGAACAGAUACCGAACCACUAUGGGGCGAUGAGAUUGAAUAUACCCUAAUCAACCUCGACGCACGCAAAUCACGAGCAACGCUACUCUUAAACCAAGAAGAGGUUCUCCAGAAAUGCCAGAAGCAAUGCGCAAAUACAGGGGAAAUUGAACCCUGGAACGAAGUCAUGAUACAACCGGAAUGGGGUCGAUAUAUGAUUGAGGCGACUCCCGGAGAGCCGUACGGCGGGGAGAUUAUGGAUCUGCUCAGAGUGGAGGGCAACAUGAAGCGACGGCGAAAAUUGAUCCGGGAGUGCUUGUCGCCCGAUCAACAUCCAGCCUCGAUCUGUGUCUUCCCAGGUCUAGGAAUGAGAGAACAGUUCAUGAUACCAGAAAGAUCCCAGGAAAGCCCGACACAAACACCACAUUCCGAAAUCUACUGCCCUGUUUCGCGUUACAUCAUGGUGACCAAAAACCUAGCUGCUCGGCGACAAAGGCGUGUGGAAACCUAUAUCCCGGUCUAUCGAGAUGACAAGACGGAAUCCCCGUUCCAUGACAAGACCGGGUCGUACGAAUACCCAGCCGAGCACCAGCCACCAGCUGAUGCAAAAGAGGGCCACGUGCAUCUAGAUGGAAUCGGCUUGGGGCUGGGGAGCUGCAGCAUCCAGGUCACCUUCCAAGCGCCCAACGAGUCCGAGGUCCGGUGGCUGCAUGACCAGCUAAUCGCCAUGGGUCCGAUCAUGUUGGCACUGACUGCUGCAACGCCGAUCUAUAAGGGGUACCUGGUAGACACAGAUGUGCGCUGGAGCCGGAUCUCCGACUGUUUCGAUGACCGCACACCAGAAGAGCUAGCCACCACACCACCGCGUUACUCCUGGAACCGCACCUACAUAUCCCAGGAAAAGCCAGCAGACGCAAACAGCAAGAGCCCCUUAAACCCCAUGGACCAAGCCGUCAAGCAGCGUCUACUCGACGGAGGCAUGGACGAGCCUCUCGCGAUGCACUUCGCGACCAUCCUCUCCCGCGACCCGGUCAUGCUAAACCGAGUCGAUCUCGAGAACUUCGACCCCAACGGCACCGGUCUCUUCGACGUCCUCUACAGCAGCGUAUGGCAAUACGUGCGCCUCAAGAUGCCACUGAGCGACGACGGGCCCGGCUGGCGUGUAGAGUUCCGACCCAUGGAAGUCCAACUAACGGAUUUCGACAACGCCGCGUUCUCCAUCUUCAUGUACCUUCUUUCUCGCGCCAUCACGACCUUCCACCUAAACUUCUACGUCCCCAUCGACAAACUCACCGAGUCCAUGGAGCGCGCGCAACGCCGCAACGCCGCCCUCGAGGAGCGCGUCUGGUUCCGUCGCAGCGGCUGGUCCUCGACAACCACCGAGCAACAACAACACGACCGAGCACCCCGCCAACGGAAGCCCUGCUGCGUCAAAUCCUCCGCCUCCACCUCCCCGUACGCCCUCCUCACCAUGGACGAGAUCAUCAACGGCGAAGACCCCAAGACCCCCUGCCGCUUCCCCGGCCUGGUCAACAUCGUGUGGGCGUACCUGCAGUACAAAAACACCUCCCUGCAGGAACAGUCCAAGAUCAAACCCUACCUGGACGUGAUUAGCAAGCGCGCCAACGGGGAGCUUCCCACCCCAGCGCAGUGGAUGCGGUCGUUCGUGUCGGCGCAUGACGAUUACAGGAGGGAUAGUUACGUAGGGGAGAAGAUCCGCUAUGAUCUGAUGCAGGAGAUAGUGGGGAUGGGUGAAUAA